AAGGAGCUACGCACUAUGCGCUAUUUGACCGUGACACAGGCUGGGCGCUUCAUGUCUGGAAGUUUUGAAAGGCCAUCGACAAAGGUGUUCGAUACAGCUUACUCUGCCAUCAAUCCCUCUACCAACGAAGACGAGCUCUCUGACACACCAGACCAGUCAGCCACGGCUAUCGGCUUCAGAUUUGAUGAUCUGCCUAUCGAAAGGGAGGUCAUCGCACCAGAAGGCCCUGACUUCUUCACUAUGCGCAUCAAGUACGACGGUAUCUUUGUCACAGACGGCCCCUCCCUCGNNUCCCUCACCAGCAAGCUCAACAUGUCUAACAUGUUCGAAUGGUUCAACCUCUGCCCAGUCAAGGUCCAAGUUGACGUUUCCUCUUGCCGUUCCUCUGAUGACCUCACCCAUGUCGCCUUCGCCAUCUACGAUGAUCUAUCCCUGCUCCGAUCCGUCAAGAAGAUGCGCCGCAGAAACUUUGAGAUCGUUGGCUGGCACCAGCCCUCAUUCUACGGCUUGAUACACCUCGCCCAUGCUUUCGGCAAUCUCCCAGACUUCAACAGAAUCAUGGCUGCAAACAACGUCUUCACCUUCGACCACGUUGCUCCCAAAUUUGCCUGCAACUUUGCAGUCUCCUACAUCUUCGAGAGAAUCCUGAAGAUGGGCUCUCAGACUGGCAUCUAUAUCCACCAGCUUGCCACUGAGAUCUUCGACUUCCUGCACAGCAAAGAUCUCACCAUGGACCAGUGGGACAACCACCAAGACUGGUCAAACAAGCACUUCAACCACGUCGCUACUCCCUUGUGCAGCACUGUCGAACAGCGCGCAGCUCGUGCCUCUUUCUGUCCCAGAGGCGCUGCCAAGGUGUUCAAGGAGGAGUUCAUGUCCAUCCACUUCAAGAAUGCUGAGAAUGCGUUGGAGGCGUUGCUUUUGGAGGGAAACUACUAG